AAUCCCGGGAAACCGGACAGAGGCUCUUCGAAGGCUAGAAAACCCUAAGAGCGCCCCCAGGGGCAGGGGUGCAUGGUGGGAGGGGCUCCGAGAGGGCUGGGGGCCUCUGGGCGCUUCCUGUUUAAAGCGCGAGCAUCGGCGAUGGCGCCUGCGCUGCUCGAUCCUGCCCUCGCUCUGAGCCGCUGGGAGGGGCGGCCGAUCAGCACCUGCCCCACCCCCAUCCCCCCACGGCACCUGUCACUCCUGCAGAGGCCUGCACCCAGACCCCGUCUGUCCGUCCUCGCGGCACACCUGGGAGGCCGCUGGGCCCGGAGAAGGAAGGGAGGUCGGACCCCUGGAGGCAGGAGUGAUUGCACGCUGCCACCUGCCGCCGCCUGCACCUCUGCGGCGCGCGGCCGCCCUGCUCUGCUCUCGCCGCAGCCCCACACGGAGCACCUGGCAAACAGGCAGAGGAGGGCCCGCAGCCUGCUGCAACCCCACGACCCAAAGGAAGGCAUCCAGGAAGCGGGGGGAUCCGCUGGAGGGCCCCACACGCUCACACUGCCACCCUGGCUCAGCUGCUCCCCGCCCCCGCAGGUAGAACCCUCUAUUCUGUCCCCAGUGCUGGCCUGACCCUCACUGAACCAUAAGCGUGGCGGAAACACAGAGGAAUAGACAGGGAAGGGAGGCGUCUCCCAAAGAACGGCGAGGGACUGCGGCGUCAGGCGGGGGUGGGGGAGCUGAGCCAGCAUCACCCGCGCAGCUCAUCUCACCUCACGGCCUGGGGCACCAACCCAGCCACCCACAGCGGGGUGGUCAGUGCAGGGGCUGUCAGGGCGGAGCUGGGCCAGCUGAUUUGGAGGGUGCAUGGCAUGUACUUCGUGAUCCUGACAUCUGCAGGAGUCUCAAGUCCCAUCCCUGUUUACUUCCAGAAAACAGCAAGCUGAACAGAUACUGUGUGUGUGCGUGUGCGCGCGCGCGCGCGCGUGUGUGUGAACUUGGCAAAGGCAUGGCUUGCCCCCAAGUCCCCAGAAGGAGUGCAGCCUGUCCCCAGGCUCAUCCUCAGUCUUACCUCUUGGGCACUUUCCCUACUUCCUCCUGAGAGGAGGAUGCUGCUGCAAGAGUGCCACCCACCCCUGGCCCCCAGCAGGUCUCUGCCCUCCCCCAGGACUCCUGCCAGGGUGUGUCCAUCUUGCGGGCCCCUUGGAGGUGCCCUCUGGCUGGCUGGUCCACGAGAUGACUGGCAUGCUGUCAGUGACGGGAAACUCUGGCAAGCCCGGUAACAUUCCUGAGAGCUUCAGAGAAACCAAAACUUGGCCCCUCUCUACCAAGUAGGAGCCAAGCCCCUAGAACAAUGGCGUGUCCAUCCCUCCCCACCCAGGAGCAGGAAGGGGAGAGAGCCCCAGGCCCUGGUUUCCAGCCCACCUGCUCCAGCAAGGCAGCCCAGCAGAUGGGAUCUCUCCGCCAAAGCCCCCACUGUGCCCCUGGACACCCGGGCCAACAUGCUCUGCGGGGUCUGCCCUGGCACUGCCCUCUCUUGGGCACGGGGGACCCUCCCAGGGCAAGGAGCCGGGCUUCUCGCACCUCCCGUAAAUGCCGGGCCGUACGUGCUGGCAGAACCGGCCAUCCCCAGCCUUCCCUGGACUCAACACAGAAGCCAGGCUGUGGGCUGCGCAGGACUGGACAGCAGAGGCCCUGGAGCGCCCCCUUCUGUCGGGAGUGCGGGCCUAGCACAUGGGCCCUGGCCUCCUGGCUCCCCAACCUGAUCUCCGGCCCACCCAUCCUCACAGCAUCACCCUCAAUCGCGAGGCGACUUCUGUCCCCUGCCCAGCCCUCCCUUUAUCCCAGGCCCGGCCUCCUGGGGUUCUGCCGCCUCUCCUGCAUGGCCUGACUCCACGUGCAACAUGUUACCGCCCCCGCCAGUCCCCCAGCAUCUGACCUGCGGCCCCAGCCUGGGCUGGCCGGCCCCUCCCCCAUGCCACCUUCAGGACUCAGCUGAGCAGAGUGGAGACGUGGGCCCAGGCCCUCAAGUGGCAGGACCUCCCACGGCUGCACUUCGCCCAUCUCUGGGUGCUCCCGCCGCCCAAAGCCCCACCCCAGGACGCCCACCUGCAGGCCUGAGCCCCUCCUCGGUUGGAGACAGGUUUCCUGCUUCCCGGGGGGCAGGGGCUCUGCUCUGUCACCUGGUUCCGUCCCAGGCCCAGCACCUGGGGCGCACUUUGACCACCGCAGUGACACCUGCCCCAGCUCCCUCUUGCCUCGCUUCCCUGUGAACUCGCCCAGCAACUGCCCCCCACGCCCACAACAGCCCACAGCACUGCUCUGAAGUCCUCCUGACUGAAAUAGAGCUUUAGUACCCUCCCCUCCCCUUAAAGGUCCACCUCUCUGAAAAAGGACCACCUCUCUGAAAAAGGACCAGUCUCCACUUUCCCCUUCCUCCCUCCCUUCCUCCCUCCCUUCCUUCCAUCACUCCUCCAACAAAGCCCCGGUGGGCUUCAUGUCCAGCACUGGGACGGCCCCUGGAGACCCGGCGAGGUGCGCACAGACCUGGAACCACUCACACUGUGCACUAAAAGCGGGCAGAGUGAGGUGUUUGGGGAGCUCCCCGCCCAGAAGCUGCUGGAGACGGGGGCUUCGUGGACUCCCCUACCUGGGCCUCAACGUCCCCCACGGGCCACACUGAUCCUGAAACCUUCUCCUCCCACACCUGUAGCUCCCCGGCCCCUCUGCACUCAGCAGCGGCCCUUUCCUGUUUGGGACCCAGUUACGCUGCGAGGAUCUCUGCCACGGCUCAGGCCAGGCCAAGGCCCCUGCGGUGGCCAAGGGUCCAGUCUCCUACCUCCCACGGAACGUGCUCAGCGAGAGGCAGCGCAGGUGGGGGCCGCGCAGUGGGGUUGGGGGUCAGAGGAGGUCAGGUUUGUGCCCGCGAGCUGGUUUCAGGUGGCUGGGACAGGCUCGUGCCGUCUGUCGGGUAAGGGAACGCUUAGUACAUCCCCGAGGUGAAUAUAACACACGUUUUUGGUGGUGGGGGUCCCAAGGGCCACCGUUGCAGCCCUUUCUUUGAUCUGAAGUCCUGGGCACCUCGAGGUUGUGCAUGUGCAACCGACACCCCCAGGCAGUGACGGUGCAGGCUUGCCUGCAGCCCGCGGCAAAUAUCUGGAUAGCUUGCAGCUUGGGGUCCAGGGUCCUGGGCCAGUGUGUGUGCUGACACGAUCCCUAAAGGGCUCAGGAGGUUCUGGUGGCUGCGGUGCUUUUUCCGGGUCAAGGCCAGACUGCCCCAUGGUCGGUGGUCACUUCCCUGGAGGCAGGAAGCGGAUCUCCUUGAGCUGUGAGCGCCUGCGGGCCCUGCUGCCCCAGUUCGAUGGCCGGCGGGAGGACAUGGCUUCAGUCCUGGAGAUGUCGGUGCAGUUCCUCCGGCUCGCCAGCGCCUUGGUGCCCGGCUGGGAGAAGCACGCUGAGACAUGGCACACGUGGCAGAAGGAUGUUUUGCAGGUGGCCCUGGCGAGUCAGACCCCAGCAGGUGCCCCGGACCCCGGCGUGGGAACGUCCAGCGUGACCAUGCAGCAGGCUUCCCCGAGCCGUGCAGCUGCGGAUGUGGACGACGAGCCGCCCAGCCUGGUCCUCCGGUCUCCAGGCCUGAGUCCCUCCAGGGCCCUGAGGCCGCCCAUGCUGUGGUCGCGGCAGCCACCCUCUCCGCUGGUGAGCGAAGAGUCUCAGAGCUGCUUGGGCCGGGCUGGGUCCCCAGGUCAAGGGACUGACAAGGCCAUAACGCUGGAUGCCAGGUCUGUGUCGGGGUAUGACGUCGAAGAUGGGUCGUCCUUUCUGCUGACGGCCAGUCCUGACUGGUGGCUGGGGUCCCUGGAGGGCAGAGGCAGCAGUGCCCCUUUUCGGGUCCCCGCCAGGAGCAGCGUGCUGGACAGGGCAGAGCCCAGCUUCCUGGGUGACCAUGAGCCCGGCUCCCAGGACCCCCCCGACGGGCCCCUGGAGCCAUGGAGCUCAGACGUGAGCUGCCCCAGCUCGGCCCUGCGGGAGGAGGUAGACACCAUCUUCCCCGACUUCUUUGCUUACUGAGGGCCGGGUCGCGCCAGGCCGCGGGGCACGGGGCCUUUGCAGCAGCUCCUGCCGCAUGCUUGGGCAUUGUCUUUGGGGUUUGGGCUGCAGCUGUGCUCUAAUUCCAGCGAGGCUGUGGGGCGGGGGGCUGGGGAAGCGGAGGCUGGAUAUUAAAAGAGGAAAAGCAGUGUUUCUGGAGGAAGCAAAACUUGUGUAGAUUUCGUA